UUUUCUGACAACAUACUCCUAAUUCGACCGAAACCUCUUCUGCUUCCACAAAACUGAAUUUUUCUUUUAUAACAAUGUCCUGUCUAUAUGAUGUUGAAACUGCAGCAAAUGGAUAUUUAAAGGACUCAAAGAGUCCCAAAGCUUCAUGUUGAAGUUCACUUCCUGCAUGUUUGUUGAAUACUGUUUGUAGCUAACUCCUCAAGCUGUUCAGUAACUGAGCUUGAUACUCCUGAACUGCAGCCACAACAUCAUUCACACCGCAUUACCCUAAGUUUGGUAAUCCACUUUCAUUGGUCGUACAAUCAUUACUGCAAGGGACAGUACAGCCUUCACUGUAUCAUUGGAGGGGACUGAUACUCUUAAGGGUGCAUCUGUGGAAACGUAUAGUGGACACCCCUCCGCAAUGACUUUGCAGUCUGAAAGAUGCAGAGGGACCUGCAUAUCUUCAAGACGGGGAAAGUGUAAUCAGAGUAAUCAGGUUACUAGUUAAAAGGAAAGUUCCAGAAGGAAAGUCGUUUUGUCCAAUAACGGCUCUCAUUCCAGUGAUUGGCUCUCCUAUGAGCCAAUCUUUCAUAAGCCAAACUUUAAACAGCACUUUCCUAAGCCCCGCACAGGGUGCUGCUGCACGGGCAGCGGGAGAGAGGAGGAGGAGGAGGAGGAGAGACAAGAUGGCACAGCUAACACCAUGAGCGUGAGAGGCGGAGAAAUUGAGUCAGAGGGGGGAAAUUCAAACAAAGCUGCUAUACAAAGUGGUGCCUGAACGUGGUCUGGUCGGCUUUAUAGUGAAAUAAUCUCCAUCUUGAGAGUACCAUGUGGAAAUAUAUUCUAUGCUUUCUUAUAAGCACCACUAUCUUCAUAGGCAUAUAUUUCAAGGGCACGGUUUAUUAUGCUUCAAAGCUACAGCUGCCUGUCUUAAGAUGCCGUCCACCUGCUGAAAACUGUAAAGUUUUUCCACCUACCAGCCCGUACACAAGAUGGGAAAGAACAGAAUGCCAGGACCUGGACUUUAACAGUCUCAGCUGCAAGCGUAUACAAUCAGAGCAUCAUUUUAUUAUGAAGACCCUGAGCAAAGAAGAGGAGGACUACCCUCUGGCCUUCAUCAUCACUAUCCACAAAGACCUGGAGAUGUUUGUGCGCCUGCUCAGAGCCAUCUAUGCACCACACAACGUCUACUGCGUUCACAUAGAUAGCAAAGCCCAGACAGAAUACAAACUAAGUGUUCAAAGAUUGGCAGAGUGUUUUCCCAAUGUUUUUCUAGCCUCAGUUAGCGAGAUAGUGACCUAUGCUGGUUUUUCUCGCCUGAAGGCUGAUAUUAAUUGCAUGAAGGACCUAGUGAGGUCUCCAGUGAAAUGGCGAAAGGUGAUCAACCUGUGUGGCCAGGAUUUUCCUGUCCAGAGCAACCUGGAGCUGGUAAGAUAUAUGCAAGAUGAACAAUGGAAAGAUAAUAACAUGACUCCUGGCAUAAAACAGCCAGUGUACGUACGACACAGGACUGAAAUACAACACAAGGAAAUCACAGGUCACUAUGUGGCCUCAUUGAGGGAAGACCACAAAAAGACACCUCCUCCACACAACCUGACAAUCUAUUUUGGUACAGCCUACUACAGUCUACAAAGAGCAUUUGUGGAAUAUGUGCUCACCAGCCCAGUCGCCAAAGACCUGUUGGAAUGGUCAAGGGAUACCUACAGCCCUGAUGAGCAUUACUGGGUAACCCUUAACCAUCUGGAAGAUGCCCCUGGCAGUAAUGUAAAUGCUGGCUGGGAGGGUAACAUCCGGGCCAUUAAAUGGAGAGACCAAGAAGGGUCAGUACAUCAAGGCUGUAAAGGAACGUACAUCAGGGAUAUCUGUGUCUACGAUGUUGAGGAUUUACCUUGGAUAAUUGAGAGGAACAGCAUGUUUGCUAACAAGUUGGACACCACUAGAUUUCCCCAAGCUCUGGACUGUUUAGAACAGUGGCACAGGCACAAGGUCCUACAGCAGGCAACAUUGCCCAUUCGGUUAUCAUGGAAACUUGCAACAGAGGUCAAUAUUACUGAUGCUAGUCACAGUUAAUACCUACACUUAUUUUGUUGUACACAAAAUUCAACAUGGAAUAAUUAAUCCACGAAACAAGAGCUAUGUUUAUAUAAUAUUUAGAAAUGUAAGAACAAUUUUAUGUUUAUUUUAACGUGAGUAAUUCAAUUGUUAAGGACCCUUAGAAAUGGUAUUAAUAAUUCUGACAAUGCACUAUUUAUUGCUCAUUAAACUAGUGUUAUACGUUACCAAGGAGAAUGAAAUAAACCCUACAGAUGUACAGCAAUAGACUAAUAACCAACAGAGAUACAGCAAUGGAAAUAUAGAGGUUACUAUAGGUUUCCCUGAUCUGUACUGUUUCUCUUAUGGUGCAUCGAAAAUAUCUAUAACUGAAACUGACUCUGAUCAGACUUGCAAACUUCGUCCCACAUAUUCAACAAUGGUUUAAAGAGACCUUUAGACCAGCAUUGUUGGAAAAGGGGAAAGGCAAGAAGAAUAAAAGGAAAAUUAACAAAAGGUUAUACUGAUUAUUUUUUAAUAAUACUAGUAAUUUAUAUUCCUUUUUAUACAUUUUUUUUUAUUAACUGCAGUUUUGGUUUACUUAUCCUGGCUUCAUAUUUACUGCAGACGACAUGCAAUAAACAUUGCUGUAAUUUAUUGUGCUAAACCUUCAGCAUGAUAUUGUUGUAAAUAUAAUACUUUAUACAGUAACUAUGUUCAUACCCAAUUGAAGGCAAAUGCAGGCACAGAGCUCCUGAUGCUUGAAAUAUUCUGUUUUUGUGAUCAGGCCAGAAAGCUGUUGAAAGUUGCUGUGCUUUAUAAUAUGCAGUAGUAAGAAAAUCAGCCAUGCAAACUGAUUCAUUAUAUCAAGCCAAUGUGCCAUUCGAUCAAGGUUGGACACUUGCGUUUUAUGUAACCUUUAACUUUAACCCAAAUCCUGUGGUGUCUUAUGGAGCUCUGGGAGUUUAUGUAGCACCAUGGUCCAGAACCAUGUUGUUUCAUUACACUGUGUACCGCAUCAGCUAUAUAUGAUCAAAAUAACAAUAACAGCCUCUUGACCUGAUCAUUUGUUUGUUUUACUCUAUUACAAAGGUGUGACUUACCUAAUAAAAUUUGUCUAAUGUAUUUCCAUUAAAACGAGUUAGCAUACAGAGCCAAUAAUAACAUCAGCCUCAGACUUCGUGCCUACAAACUGCCCCACCUACUUUUCCCCCAACCUAGUUAUUAAAGCAAACAUUUAGAUUUUUCUAUUUAAAUUAUCAUAGUUCUCUGUAUUAAAUAGCAACAACAGAUAAUUGUAUUCUUUGAGGCUAAUGUCCUCACCACUCAACAUGUACAC